AUGGCUUCCAACGGAUCCUUCAACAUGGCCCCAGGGCAUCUCGGCAACCUGACAGCCGACCAGGAGGCUGUACUUCGCAAACUCUGGCAGACCGUCUUCAUGCUGUACAACAUGUUCGAGCACGCAGGGCCCAUCGUCUCGGAUGCCGGCUCCAUCAACACCGAGUCUCCAAGGCGCACCGGCUUCUUCGGACGUACAUCUCAGGAAGUCCCCCCGACGCCCAAGCCCUCCCCCGACGUCAUGGAAGCCCUGCAAAUCAUCACAACCGACCCGCAGGAGCAACAGCGUCUGCUAAAACAAUUUUCCCAGCUACUGGCCCUGCAGAGCCCGGAAUCCAUCAAGCACUUCAAGGACGGGCUGGCGGCUGCACCGCCCGAGUCCAUCCAGCAACUUCGCGCCGUGCUCGCCGACCAGUCACCAGAGACCAUUCGCGACUUCCAGAAGCUCCUGCACGGCCAGUCAGCCCAGUCGAUUCGCUCCAUGGUGAUUGGCGCCGUCAAGCACGAGCACCCGGACACACUCAUCCUGCGGUUCCUGCGCGCCCGCAAGUGGGACAUUAACAAAGCUCUCAUGAUGAUGUUUAAGGCCAUGAACUGGAGACAUGUCGACUUUAAAAUCGACGAGGAUAUCAUGCCCAACGGCGAGGCGGGUGCCGUCGCGGACGAGAAGGCAGCCAAGACCCUGGGCCGCGACUUUAUGAAGCAGAUUCGCAUGGGAAAGAGCUUCUUGCACGGGACCGACAGACACGGUCGGCCCAUCUGCAUUGUCAGGGCCCGUCUGCAUAAAUCGUCUGACCAGUGUGUAGAGAGCAUCGAGCGGUACACGACGUACCUGAUUGAGACGGCGCGGUUUGUCCUCAACCCGCCUGUCGAAACUGCCUGCCUCAUCUUUGACUUGUCGGGGUUUAGUCUCGCGAAUAUGGACUACGUUCCGGUCAAGUUUAUCAUUAUGUGCUUUGAAGCCAACUACCCCGAGUCGCUGGGCGUUGUCCUGAUACACAACGCCCCCUGGUUGUUUAAGGGCAUUUGGAGGAUCAUCCACGGCUGGCUGGAUCCCGUUAUUGCCGCCAAGGUUCAUUUCACGUAUGGCCGUAAGGACCUAGAGGAAUUUAUCGCGCCGGAGCAGCUCAUCAAGGAGCUCGGUGGAGACGAGGACUGGGCGUAUGAAUAUAAAGAGCCUGUUGAGGGCGAAAAUGAUAUCAUGAAGGAUACCGCCACUCGAGACGGGCUUCUGCAGGAACGGGAGGAUAUUGCAAUCAGGUUUGAGGACGCCACCAAGGACUGGGUCUUGCAUGGCGACGGCCCCAAGGGCCAGGAAUACAAGGCCAAGCGCGACCUGGUGGCAAGGGAGAUUCGCGACAACUACUGGAAGUUGGACAAGUAUGUCCGAGCAAGGUCGCUGUAUGACAGGCUGGGAUACAUUCGAGGCGGAGCAGAGGUCAAGUGGUAUGAAUAG